AUGCUGUUCCACCUUUCCUUCCGUGACUUUCUGGUUGAUAAGACACGAUGCACAGACGAGACUCUAUUUAUUGAUGAACAGCAAGCAAACAAGAAGUUGUUUAACCUGUGCAUGGACAUUCUUCCGAGAGUUCUGCAGAGAAACAUCUGCAAAUUUCCACACCCCGCAGCGACACCAUGUGAGCUCUCACAUGAGACCAUCGACAAGCAACUUCCCCAAGCAGUCCAGUAUGCGUGCCAGUACUGGGGCGAGCAAAACUGUUCUACAAAAUCUGUUCAGCCCAACGAAGCCUCGAAACUUCUGGCAUUCUUCAAAGGGAGCUUUCUUCACUGGCUAGAAGCUCUAAGCCUUGCAAGGAAGAUGGCGCAUGCGAUCCCCACAUUAACCAACCCAGAGACUCACACUACCGAUGUGAAUGAUUCUGAGUUAUAUUAUUACAUUGUUAAUGCACGAAGAUUUGUCAUCCAUCAUAACAUAACUAACUAA